AUGGGAUACACUCAGUCUUCGGCAGAUCACAGUCUCUUUGUCCGUUUUGAGAAUUCCAGUUUUAAAGCUCUGCUCAUUUACGUUGACGAUAUAGUUCUUGCUGGAGAUAACUUGGCUGAAAUUCGUCAUGUUAAGAGGUUCCUUGACGAUGAAUUUAAAAUCAAGGACCUAGGAACACUCCGUUUCUUUUUGGGAUUGGAAAUUUCUCGUUCCAAACAAGGUAUCGUCCUUAACCAGCGUAAAUAUGCGUUGGAGCUUCUUUCAGACAGUGGCCUCCUGGCUAUGAAACCUGUCUCCACGCCCAUGGAUCCCUCGACUAAGCUUCGUCGUGAUCUGGGUUCUCGACUGCAGGAUGAUGGGCCUUACCGUCGAUUGGUUGGUCGGCUGUUGUACUUAACUAUAACCCGUCCUGACAUCACUUACUCAGUUCAACAACUGAGUCAGUUCAUUUCCAGCCCUACUGACAUCCAUUACACUACAGCUCUUCGAGUCCUCAAAUAUCUCAAGCUAGCUCCAGCCAAGGGCCUUUUCUUCCCUGCCAAUAAUGAACUGCUUCUCAGCGUCUUUGCAGAUUCUGACUGGGCUUGUUGCCCCGACACCAGGAGGUCCGUUACUGGGUUCUGCAUGUUCCUUGGGUCUUCCCUAAUCUCUUGGAAGUCCAAGAAGCAGACAACCGUGUCUCGCUUCUCCUCGAAGGCUGAGUAUCGUGCCCUGGCUGCCCUCACGUGUGAGAUACAAUGGCUUUGCUAUCUCCUUCGUGACUUGCAGAUCCCUGUUCUUCGUCCAGCUUCUGUGUACUGUGAUAAUCAGUCUGCCAUCUACCUCGCACAUAAUCCUACCUUCCAUGAACGAUCCAAGCAUAUUGAGCUUGAUUGUCACAUCACACGCGAGAAAAUUCAAGCUGGCCUAUUACAUCUACUCCUUGUUUCCUCCUCCAUGCAACUUGCUAACGUUUUCACAAAGGCACUCCAUCCUUCUCCCUUUAAUCAUCUUGUCUCUCGUUUGGGUUUUUCUGACCUCCAUAGUCCAGCUUGCGGGGGGUGA